AUGGGCAAUUCAUAUGAAGGUGAAGACAAGCUCUGUGACCAGCUUUUGCGUGCUUGUAGACAAUCCACCAAACUUGCACCAGCCAUUUACAAGCCGGCAGGUGAUCCCGAAGAACUGAUGGCAAACCUAAGAUCAACAAUUAUAAAUCAUACACUUGCAUCACAGUUUUUUGUGGAGAGAUCCUCUGCGCCGUCAUCGGAGCAGUAUUAUCUCGUAAGGCAUUACAACAACUCUCGCCCUCGAGACAAGAAUCAGAGUUAUGGUGAUACCUGA